AUGUAUGAAAGGAUAAGAAAAAAAUUUACAGGCGAAUCGCAGAUUUUAUUGAUUUGCAUGUAAGGCUGGGCCAUGGUAACGCUGCACCGGUCUUAGGUGAGUCCGGGGCCGCCCCUAAUCCGCUCCCGGCUAGCCUCAUCUAUACGCGCCAUUUUUUGUUUUGUUUUUGAGAGAGAUAGGGGAAAGGAGAUGUUGGCCUCCUUGAGAACCCUUUCCCAGAAACGCGUGUCUUCAACGAUUUUAUCAUCCUUGCCCGAACUGCCCCGCCCACCCUUGCCUUCUCUUACCACCUCCCUCUCUCACUUCCAUUGCCCUACUACUGAAGUUAGACGCCCACGCCCAAGCAUCAUCUGUUCUCCCUCCAGACUGCAGCUGAAGAAUCAUGGACGUCGAUCAGCUAGUUCAACAUCAGCUUCUUCCAUCACCUUUCCCUAUCUAUCCGUUAGCAUCCGCUGUGGAAAAGAUAUCGCCGAUAUGCUUUCAGAGGCUCUUUUGUGUUUUGGUGCUAGUUCUGUCAGCAUGUAUGAAGCGGAAAGUUGUGAGAAUAUUGAUGAGAUCUGCAUCAAUUCCAUAUUUAUGGAAGGGCAAGAUGUAGGUACAUGCAUCUCUCAUGCAGCUAAUUCCAUUGGGUUGAACAAGAUGCCUAGUUAUGAAGUCGUAAUUGGUGAGCAAUGCGAUUGGGUGAAGAAUUCACUGGAAAUGUUUCAGCCAGUUAAAGUUACUGAUGGUCUUUGGAUUAUUCCUGAGUGGGCAACUCCCCCUGAUGUUCAAGCAAAAAAUAUAAUUCUGAAUCCAGGAUUGGCAUUUGGAACUGGAGAACACCCUACGACUAAGUUGUGUUUGUUGUUGUUGCAUGGCUUGAUAAGAGGAGGAGAAUAUUUCUUGGACUAUGGCACAGGUUCUGGAAUUUUGGGAAUUGCAGCAUUAAAGAUGGGUGCUGCUUUAUCUGUUGGAGUUGAUACAGAUCCCCAGGCAAUAACAUCAGCACGUCAGAAUGCUGCUUUGAACAACAUAGAACCUGAGAAAAUGCAAUUGUACCUUGCUUCCAGCAACGUCAGCCCUCUUUUACCAAAUGGAACAGUGACCAGAGAUGUAGAAGGGUUGAGCUCUUAUAGCUUGGAAAUCAUGGGUGAAAUGGAAAAUUUUGAUGUCGUGAUAGCAAAUAUACUUUUAAAUCCCUUAAUAGAGUUGGCAGAUUAUAUUGUUGCUUAUGCAAAGCCUGGAGCAGUCAUUGGGGUCUCUGGUAUCAUGUCUGAGCAGAUUCCACAAAUUGAGAAGCGUUACUCUCAGCACUUGAAUAGCUUAUCAGUGUCAGAGAUGGAUGGUUGGGCCUGCGUCAGUGGCAUCAAGAAACAGAAAAAGGUGGAAAAGAGUUCUUCAUGAGAAUGAGAAUGCAUUUCAGCUUAAUUGAACAGGAUACACACACGCACACGCACACACAGACUUUGGGUGGGAUCAGAAGCUAACAUUGACGGAGGGCAUCAUCAUACAACUCUCCGUAUUUGACAAACUGUAGGAAAGCGCAUGUGCUUAAUUGGCGUAUAAACAUUUCUAUGACAAUAUUCCCUGUCCAAUGAAUUUGUACUAAUUGAUUUCAAUAUUAGUGGAAAUUGCCAAAAGUAGUUACCGUCCUUGGCAUUGCAA